UCCAAGAUGGCGGCAUCCAUCGGGGUGUGCUGUGCCCUCCGCAUCACACUUGGAGGUGCAGCAUCUCUCCGUGCUGUAGGAGGAGUUGUACAGGCAUCUCUCUUGGCAAGUCGAGCCUCAGCUGCGUCUCUGCAAAGACACUCUGCACUUUCACUGCUCCCUCCAACAACAUGGCAGCAAACAAGACACGGCAGCUUCUUCAACAAGCUAACGGCUGAAGAGCUAUGGAGAGGUGUGUUGGCUGAGUCCGGUGCUGGAGCAAGGAAGGGUCGAGGGAAGCGUACCAAACGCAAACUAAGGAGAGAUCUGAACCGAGGACAGACCAUUGGAGAGGGUCGUGGCGGUUUUCUGUGGCCUGGACUCAACAGUCCAGUGUUGAAGGAUGGCGCUUUGCAGAGCAUGAGCCGAAGAGGUGAAGCUGAGCAGCAGGAGGUUCAAGCUGAACUAGUGCGUCAGAGGGACGAGUGGGAGAGAAGGAGGAAGAUGAAGGUGAAGAGGGAGAGAGGUUGGACAGGAAACUCCUGGGGGGGAAUCAGCCUGGGGCCGCCUGACCCUGGACCCAAAGGAGAAACCUACGAGGAUUUCGAUUCACGUGUCAUCGAGGUGAAGAGUGUGUUCAACAUGACAGCCAAAGAAGGCAGAAAGAGGUCCAUCAGCUGCUUGGUCGCAGUGGGAAAUGGCAACGGAGCCGCAGGCUUUGCUUUGGGGAAAGCAGCAGACAGGAACACGGCUCUGAGGAAGGCCAAGAACAGAGCCAUCCACUACUUGUACUAUAUAGAACGAUACAAUGACCACACCAUUUACCAUGACAUUGAUUCCAAGUUUAAGAGGACGACGCUCCGCAUGAAAAAACAAAACAAAGGUUACGGUCUGCACUGCCACAGGGCGGUCAUCACUCUUUGCAAGCUGAUCGGCAUAAAAGACAUGUAUUGCAAAGUAGAGGGAUCAGUCAAUCUCCUGAACAUCACCCGGGCCCUCUUCACCGGAUUAGCCAGUCAGGAAACCCACCAGACUCUGGCUGACAAGAAGCAGCUCCAUGUGGUAGAGUUUCAGUCGCAGCGUGGCCUUCUGCCCAUGGUGGUGGCGAGUCCUAAAGACGGCGCACGACCCAACCCAGAGUCAGAGGAUGAGAUUCCCAACACCCGACUGCACUGGGAUGACGUACGAGCUGCACAGGGGUUGAAACGCUCGAUCUGGGCAGGUGUCAAACGCACCAUCUGGUAACGCGUGGGAAGGCUGAUGCUUGGAUAAGACCAAAGGAGACUUGAGUGGACUGAAGGAAGCCGAUAGUGUCAAAUGGAUUAUCUGACUUGUUUUUUUCUAGUAACAGUAUGUGUGGAACUUGUUUGCUAGAAUUUUGGUUUUGUUAACGUCUCAACACGUGAUGGAUUCUGUUUGUAAGAGUUUCAUUAUUUUCUCAACUGAGGUCUAAAGUUCAGUGCUUUUCAGUAUAACACCAACUUCAUUGUCCAUAUCAAACCUAUGAUACUGAUGCAAAAUAAUGACAGUCAAUGUUACAGCAGAAUAAAUAUUUUACAUUCUGACUCUUCUUGAGAAUCAAUUUUGAACUGUUGCAAAUUACAACAUGUGCUAAUAAUAAAGUGUAAAUCUAUUAAAAUCAUUGGGGGGUUUGUCCUUUUUGCUUUGGAUAUAUUUAGU